AUGUACGCUACUGCUCGCCUUGCCCUGAGGUCAAUUCAGCCUUCGCGCGCUACUGUGCGACUUUUCUGGGCCGUCGUUCUGGCUGUUCUGUGCCAGAUCGGCUUGGCCGUUCCUUUCAAUGGCCAAAUCCGUGCUGUAACCGCGAAUGCCAUUGGUGAUUAUGUCUACCAGGGAUGCUACGUGGAACCCAGUGGGAGCCGAGCCCUUGAGACUGUCGCUACCAACGCUCAGAUGACUCUCGAGAUGUGCGCAACAAUCUGCGCAGCGAGCACCAAGUCCAAGUACUUUGGAGUAGAAUAUGGGAAAGAGUGUUGGUGCGGAAGUGCUUUAUCUGCACAAGCUACAGUCGCAAAUGCCGAGUCCGAAUGUUCAUUCAAGUGUCCUGGUAACGCCACCGAGUACUGUGGAGCUGGUAAUCGUCUGAGCCUUUUCAAGAACGCGAACGUUAUUACAGCCUCUGGCCCGGCUGCCAAAGAGGUUGUCGGUGACUACACAUACCAAGGAUGCUACACCGAUGCCGGUGCCAAGCGGGCUUUGUCAAAAGUCUACACAGACAGCGCCAUGACCGUGGAGAAAUGCCGUUUCGGCAACCUCGUCAUCCAGUAG